AAUUGAAAUACCCAGUUGUCAAUUCUCAAGAGCCAGUCCAAAGCAAAUUUGGUCUCUCCCGCAGCUCAAAAAGCCACUCCUUUUCGCCUUCUCAUCUUCUCCAAAGUCCAAGUAUUAGAGCCACCAGCCGCCUCUUGUUAUCCCAAUAUUUAUUGAAUUCCAUCCCGUUUUCCCAUCCUUGAGCAUCUAAUUGCCCUCCGUCAUGGCUCGCGUUUACGACCUCCAAUCGCUUUCAUCGCCGUUUUCGUCCCGCCCAAGAACACCCAGGACCCCAAUUUUCAAACCCAUCUCCUCAAUCCACUGUUCCUCCUCUUCUUCCCCAUUUACGGAGAAACAUUCCAUCAAGAGAUACCAAAGAGACGAUUGGGUGUACAAGAACCAAGCGGACCAAGCUUCAACUGCUCUGUCGUGUUCCGUUCCGUGCGAUUCCGACUCAAUACGGCAGGACGACAUCGCUUUGCAGCUGCCGGAGCUGAAGAGGUUGCUGAUGGUGCUGAGGGAGAAGAGGGUCAAUGGUGGGUGCGAUGAUGGAGGAGAAUGUGGGCCUGGGAAUGUAUUUCUAGUGGGGACUGGCCCUGGAGACCCUGAACUUUUGACAUUGAAGGCUGUGAAAGUGAUUCAGAGUGCCGAUUUGCUUCUGUAUGAUCGUUUGGUGUCUAAUGAUGUGCUGGAUUUGGUGGGUCCUGAUGCUAGGCUUCUCUAUGUCGGCAAAACGGCAGGCUACCAUAGCAGAACCCAGGAGGAGAUUCAUGAGUUACUUCUGAACUUUGCUGAAGCUGGAGCUACAGUAGUGAGACUUAAAGGAGGAGAUCCUCUUGUGUUUGGAAGGGGUGGGGAGGAGAUGGAUUUCUUGCAACAAAAAGGGAUUCAAGUAAAAAUUGUUCCUGGUAUAACUGCUGCUUCAGGUAUAGCAGCUGAAUUGGGGAUUCCUUUAACGCACAGGGGUGUUGCAACGAACGUCAGGUUCCUCACUGGUCACUCUAGAAAGGGUGGAACGGAUCCUCUAUUUGUGGCAGAAAAUGCUGCUGAUCUGGAUUCAACUCUGGUUGUAUAUAUGGGUCUGUCAACUCUUCCAUCUCUGGCCCUUAAGUUGAUGCAUCACGGUCUGCCACCCGAUACCCCAGCUGCUGCCGUUGAACGAGGGACAACGCCCCAACAAAGAACUGUUUUUGCAGAACUGAAGGACCUUGCAGAUGAAAUCAAAGCAGCAGAGUUGGUUUCACCUACUUUAAUCAUCAUUGGAAAAGUGGUUUCUCUCUCACCGCAUUGGUCUCUUUCUUCCAAAGAAGCCUCCUGUUUGGUGGAGGCUUGAUACAUCUAAAGCAUAUAAAAGGUUAUGCAAAGGAAUGAUUCUUCAUUCUGCCAUUCGUGUAACGAUUACUCCAAGGAGUAACCGUGGAGUUCUUCUACAAAACUCUGUCGAUUUUGUUGAGAAAAACAUUGAAACGAUGAUGAAGUGGAAGAAUGAAAAAUCGGGGACUCUGCCGUCUCUUCUGCAAUUGAUUCGUCUGCCCAUUGCCUUCAAAAGACUUGACUCGAGACUUUUUCUCAAGGACGGGAGGGAGUGGUGCAGUGGUUUCCUUCCUCGGGUGCAACCCCGAGCACGGUGAGGGCAAAUUCUCAUACCACUUGCAUCGAUUCAAAUAAGAAUUCCAAACUUCAAUCUUUUGUUAGUUCAUUAGGAUUCUGGUGUGAUGAAAUUAUUUCAGCAGCAACCAAUUUUGUUGCAGAGGUCUUCUUGUUGAUAAAGUAGUUAGUGAAAGAUUGUGCAGAUUUUUCCUUGGAAUAUCUGAUGUAUUGAUUGAUGAUUGACCUCAUUGUAUGUUUAUUUUAAAAACCACAUUUUUUUGGGUCA